AUGUUCUUCUUUGGCAAUUUGGAGGUGGAAUUCAGGUUGUAUAACAGGAGAGUGGAGGAAGGGAAACAAUAUCCAGUACUCUGUAGGAGAUUAGCUAGCUUAAACGAAGAGUUCAUUUCACAUAAAAGUCCAACAGGUGGGUUCGAUUUCAUCUCCGGGAAGAGGAUUGAACAAAAACUCAUCGAUUACAAUCAAGAAGCAGAAAGAUUUUGGGGUUAUACAUAUGAAGAGGUAUCAGCAAUCUCACCUCAUCGUCAAUUCAUUGCAUACCCCAUGUAUGACAAAGACAACGAUUUCUUCAAAUUAUGUGUGAGAGAUUUGAAUUCAGGUUCUCUUUGUAGCAAGCCACAAGCUGAUUGGGUCUGUAAUGUGGCAUGGGCUAAAGGCGGUCAAGCAUUGCUAUACGUUGUCACUGAUAAAAAAAAGAAGCCUUACAGGAUAUAUUGUAGUAUGCUUGGAUCAAAGGAUGAAGAUGUGAUACUCUUAGAAGAACCUGAAGAAAAUGUGCAAGUUUUUCUGAUCAAUGCAACUGAUCCUCUAUCUGCUUUAACACUUGUGUGGGAAUGUGAAGCUUGUGCACAUUGCAUUAUCGAGCAUCAUCAAGGCUAUCUUUAUCUUUUUACCAAUGCUAACAAAGAAGAGCAAUCAGUAAAUUACCAUUAUACCCUUCGUAGCCCUCUUCACUCUUCAAGUCUAAGAAAGUGGGAGGAUGUGUUUCAUCUUAAAGAGUUCGGAUUACAUUUUCUUCCUCUUCCAGAAUCUGUUUCCCAAAUCUCACAUGGACCAAAUUAUGACUUUUAUUCACCAAUCAUGCGAUUUACAAUUUCAUCACCUGUGAUGCUUGAUGCAGUUGUUGAUUAUAAUUUAUCAAAUCGGAAAUUUGAAAUCAUUCAACAACAAAACCUGCUUUAA